AUGAUGAAGAAAUGGCCGAUGGAACUUCACAAAUACUGUGUGGAUCUAUUCCGGACGACUCCUGAUUUGGAAAUGAUAAUGCAUUUGAGUGAUUCCUCGGAUCUUCAUGAGUCUCAAACUAUCAAGAAUUUGUAUUUACACAGUUCCUAUGAAUAUCUGGAUGCAAGGAUAGCAGAAGAGUUUUUAGAAAAGGCUAACAUCCAGAAUAGUCUUACUUUGAUCAAGCAAGACAUUGGAGGAUUUACAAUGAUUGUUUGUGGUGAUUUUCAAAAUGGAGAAGGAUUACUUGAUGGAAUUCAGACCAGUAGAUGGGAUCCGGAGAAGAGACCAGCUAGAUAUGUCUUAAAGCUUACCGGAAAACAGGCGUUUCAGCACCGGAACAUUCUGAAAGAAUACCAGUAA